UGAAAAAGCGAUCCACAACGGAACCAACAUUAGUCUACCACCUGAGACAGAAACAUUGCUUAGUCUGGGACCCAAAUUUGCGCUACCCACCACCAACUAUCCAAAGACCGUCUACUUCCACUUCAUCUCGGAUGUAGAAAACAUUUUAAAAACAAACCCGGACAACAACAGCCAAGACACAAACCGUUGCGCAAUCACAAACAUCAUCCAAAACCACCUACACAGAACCUUCAACAGCCCACAGUGCAAAGAUGCACUCCUCCGGUUUUGCGACGUUGCGGAAAAGAAAACCAAAAUUUUCCUGAAACAAAACCCUAACCUAGCAGUCUUACAAUCGGACAAAGGCAACAAAACUGUCAUCAUGAACAGCGAGGAGUACAAACAAAAAAUGCUAGAUCUCCUGAAGGACGACCAAACAUACCAUCCCAUAACACGUGACCCCACCUCGCGUUUCCAGAAACUAAACAACAAUCUCGUUCAACGUCUACACACACUGAAGCUGAUCGACUUGAGAACUACGUACAAAUUGAAAACCAACAGCGCGUUAUGCCCGAGGAUUUACGGUCAACCAAAGGCGCACAAACAGGGAUUGCCCUUAAGACCAGUGGUUCCCAACAUAACAGCGCCAUCUUACAACCUGUCUAAGUACAUUGGACAGAUGAUCCGUAAAUCGAUCAACAGCCAGUACAACGUCAAGGAUUCUUUCGAAUUCUGUGAGUUUAUCAACACUGUCACACUACCACCUGGACACGUGUUGAUCUCACUUGAUGUAGUCUCACUCUUCACAUGUGUACCUAAGCUACUAGUCGUCCAUGACGUCAUAUAUGGGUGGGAGGAGAUCAAGAAGCAUGCCAACAACAUCAAUCUCGACCUCUUCUUAGAGAUGAUCGAGUUCUGCAUCGACGCGAGCUAUUUCAAGUUCAAUGAGCAGCACUACCAGCAGAUCUUCGGCACGGCCAUGGGGAACCCACUGUCCUCCACGGUAGCAGACCUAGUGAUGGAAAACCUCCUAGUAUCUGUCGUCCAUAAACUGGACUUCCAACUACCUUUCCUCAAAAAAUACGUAGAUGACAUCGUUACGGCCAUUCCCCCAGACAAGCUGGACCACGUGAUGGAAGUGUUCAAUUCGUACAACGAACAUCUUCAAUUCACCUAUGAACUAGAAAACAACUACCGACUACCAUAUCUCGACAUGCUGCUAGUUCGCACAGAGACCCAAACCAUCAGGACAGAAUGGUACCAAAAGCCCAUCGCGAGUGGUCGUUUCCUCGACUUUCACUCGUUCCACCCCUUGAACCAAAAACUCAACACUGCUACCAAUCUAAUCAACCGGAUCAACACCUUCUCUACAAACUUGUCCGACCAGCAGAAGGUGAAAAUAAUGGACAACCAGCUGAAAAUCAACAAUUACCCCAGAGCUCUCCGCAACCGGCUUAUCAACCACAGAAACACUCGCCGUAUCAACCCCCCUGUUGAUCCAGUCCAGAAUGACCAGACUACACCCACACAACAUCUGCAACAUACCUACCGUAGCAUAGCAUACAUCCCAACACUGACUGAACAAGUCAAAAAGCAGCUGAAAAAGGACUACCCACACAUAAAACUGGCCACAAGGAACAUCAAAACAACCAAAACAAUGUUCACACAAAUGAAGGACACCACCCACAAGGAGGACCACAAAAAUGUCAUCUACAGCAUACCCUGCACCGACUGCAACCAACAAUACAUAGGAAUGACAACAAACAAACUCCGAACCAGGAUAUCAGGCCACAAAUCAACACUCAACACACUGGAACGACUACGACAAACAGGUAUCCCCCAAGAUGAUCCCCAACUAACAACACUUAGCGAACGCACAGCAUUGCUGAACCAUUGCAUCCAACUAAACCACACAUUUUCUUUUGAAAACACAAAAAUUCUAGACCGACACAACAUAGAAUCAGCCUUGCCCAUCCUCGAAAUGCUUCACAUUUCUAUUACACCAAACACAGUUAACAAACGUACAGAUACCGAACAGUUAAAUCCCAUUUAUGCUGGCAUUAUAAACAACCUAAAAUGUCAUAACAAACACAGACAUGACAACAAUGUCACUGUCGAUUGUAACCCAACAGAAAAUUAGACGAGUCCCUUUCCAAUUCCCCAAAACACACAAACACACAACCAAAGUGAACAAGAUAAAAGUGCACACGAUAGAGCUCCGAACAACAACGACCAAAAAACAGUUAGAAACGACAUCUAGGCGAAAAAGAGAAUCCCCAAAAGCAUUACCAAACCAAUGCAUUUUCUCGACGCCACAAAACCGACAUUUUACAAAUUUUACAAAACUGAACCAAGACAACCGAACACCUACGUACGAGUAAGUACACAUACAAACACACAAAACACACAAAAAUUAACGGAAAAACCAAAAACCAAAUUUUUAGUUUCCCUGAAGAUGAUUUAAUAAAAAUCGAAACGUUGGAU